UAUAUCUCAAUGAUAAAACUUUUGAAAUCAAUCCACCACCAAUUGAUGUCGCCGUUCGGGACGAAAUCAUUUCUUCUCGGGAAGACGGUGAAGGAUUAUGGAUUGAGUAAACUAUCAAUCUAUAAAUAUUGGUACAUUGACUAUGGAUGACCCCGGUGACUAUGAUGAUGAUUUUGCCCUUUGGGGACAAUCCAUUGGUGGUGAAUCUGAAUCUGAUCCAGCUGCACCAGAACUGGAACCUGACCCUGAUUCACAACCAAAGAAGAAAAAUGGUAGGGGGGCAUAUAAGGGUCUGAAGCAUAUAAAGAAUAGGAGUGAAGGAAUACUUCUCGAAGUCGAGUACAACCAAUGGGGCCAGUGCGUUGGGGACACUGCAAAUGAACUGGUUAGCCAGAUUGGCUUGUAUGCAAGACGAAAUCUUCCACUGGCAUACAAUGAUUGGAGAAAAGUUCCAAUGGAAUUUAAAAAUCUAUUAUGGGAGUACAUCAAGUCAAUGUUCAAGUUAGGCCCAGAAGCUAAGCAUUCUACCUUAAAAACUGCUGGACGAAGAUGGAAAGACUGGAAAGCAUUCCUAACAAGGAACCUAAUUUUCAAAUACAAAGAUAAAGUUCCAGCAAUGCUCGAUCGUCCUCCAGAUGCUUAUGCUUCAUGUUACAAGCCCGAAGAUUGGAAAGAAUUUGUUGCCAAAAGAUGUAGUCCCGAAUGGGCAAAAAAGAGAAAGAAAAUGCAAGAUAUCAGGAGUCAAAAUACAUACAAUCACCAUGCGGGCCGAGGUGGUGUUAAGAAAGUUGAAGAAAAGUUGGAGAAAGAGUUGGGCCACCAGCUUACUAUAUAUGACAGGGCAGACUUGUGGAUUAGAAUACACACGAACAAAAACGGCGAGCUCGAUGGCCCUGCUCAGGAGGUCGCUGACCGGAUUGCUGAGAUACGAAAGCAAGUUGAGGAGGGGACAAUAUUAGUAGAAGGCUCAAAAGACAUACUCACUCUAGCCUUGGGAACAGAAGAGCAUGGAGGACGUGUUAGAGGAAUGGGGGGUGGUGUCACACAGACACAGUUUUUCAAAACCCCGCGUCCUAAAAGAAAGAGAGUCGAUGACAAUGAUCGUAUGAGUGAGGUGGAGAAGCGACUUGAAGAGUCAGAGGAACAUCGUCGUAGACAAGACGAAUUAUUAAAUAAACUCCUCCAAAUAGUCCAAAGCCAAAGUGGUGUUGCGGGCACCUCACAUGCAUCUGGUUCAGGUGUUGGGGGAGCAUCCAACGAACCAGCUUUUGCUGCUGUUACCUCAGUUCUAGGAGCAACACCUACUGCCAGGCCCUCUGCUCCACCAACUGGCUGGGCCUCUACUACACCAAAUGCCAGGGCCUCUGCUCCACCAGCUCCCAAGGCCUCUGCUCCACCAGCUCCCAAGGCCUCUGCUCCACCAGCUCCCAAGGCCACUAUUCCAACACCUCCACUUGUUGCCCCACCAGCCACACCUUGUGCAGCUGCUCCACCAGCACCAUCUCCGGUUACUUCUGAUAAUAGAUUGAGGUGUGAUAUGUACGUGAUUGAUCCCAAAGAAAAAGAUCCGGUCUUAGUUGCAUCAGGUUAUGUGAAACUUGAAAAGGCAGACAAAGAAGGCAAUAUUAUAAUACAUGGAGUUAAAAAGAAGUUUGAUGAUUUCAAACGUGUCUUUAUUGAGAAGGUGGUUGAAGAAAAUGCCAUUCUACCAUGCCCUAUAGAACAUGAAGGCUUCGACACAGUUGGUUUAGCUGUAAACAAUUUUGUAGCUUGGCCAAAGAACCUAAUCAACAUACAUCCAGAUGAUUUAGCGAAGAUGAAAGGAAAGAAGAAAGUUUCAAGAGAUCAUUUGGCUCCACCGACUCAGCCACCGAUAAACCCAAAGGGGCCUAAUAAACAGUCUGUCAAACGGUACAUUCCCCCUGCAAAGACACAAUUAUUGUCUGGACUUUCAGAGAUUGUGAAGAAUUGGCCUGCUAAGAAAUCAAAGAGAUACUAUAUUAAACCGGAAGUGUUCGGAGGAGAAGGCCAAGAGUGUUGGAUCAGCGCUGACGAGGUGGAAGAUGUGUGCGAGCUCCAUAUGAUUGGAAAUACUGUUAUGUCUCUUUGGUGCAGUUAUUUGCAAGAACACACACUUAAUCUUGGUGGGUUGAGGAAUACAUAUGCAUUUAAUAAUCCUGCUUCAGUAUCAACUGAAGCUGGUAAACUCAAACAACGUUCAGAGAAUCUAUGUCAGCGAAUGAUGGGUAUGCAACCUGAACAAUGGUUGAUAUGUCCGUGGAAUUCAGGUGAUCACUGGUUGACAAUUAUGAUUCAUGCCAAUACUCAAAGUGUUGCAUAUCUUGACUCGACGAAUGACUUUAUCCGAACUGAUAUUAUGAAAUGUAUCCAAAAUGCUGUGGACAUGUACAGGAUCGAAAAAAAUAUACGAAACAAGGGUCCAGUAAAAAUCAACCAAUACACGUGUCGACAGCAGCCGGAUGGAAUACAAUGUGGUUAUUAUGUUAUGAAGAUUAUUCAGAGUUUCAUGACGGUUGUUAAUCCUGCAAGUUUUUUGAAAAAUCAUUUCAAGUUAGACGCUCCCUAUAGUAACGAGGAGAUCAAUGCCGUACGGGAUGAGUUGGCCGAAUUUGUGAAGCCAUUGAUUAUAGAUUAAGUACUUAAGGUUACUACACUUUUGAUAUAAUACAUGAGUAACAAGUUUUAUGAUUAUUGUUAUCUUUUGCAUA